CUGCUCAAUAACAUUUCCCAGCCGUCCGCCUCAAGGCUGCCCUGCAAUUCAUGCGCGGCUUCGGUCCUCUCGCUCUGCAGAGAUCGCAGAGAGUCAGGCUGCCGUCUGCCGAUUGGUACUAACCCGCCGACUGACACCCCCGAUAUUGCCAAGCCGGAGUUACACCUCGCCCGACCGAGUCCUAUCUGGACUGCUUCAGGCGUAUAUUACUUGGUUCCCACCACUGCUGUCGUUUGUUCGACCGCAACAAGUUUCGCGUCGCAAAGCUCAUAGCAUGCGCUCCCUAUCGCUGCGCCCAACCCUCGUGGGACGCGCGCUUCUUCUCGUCGCCGGCUUAGUCCUCGCCAACGCAGCAGUCUGGACAGCAGCCGGCAUCGCGUACCGCGGCGCGGACGGGCUGCUGGGUAUCGCCAUGCUGGCGUGGACGCUGGGACUCCGCCAUGGCCUCGACGCGGACCACAUCAGCGCGAUCGACAACGCGACGCGCCAGAUGGUCAGCCUCGGCCAGCUGCCCAUGACCUGCGGCCUCUUCUUCUCCCUCGGCCACUCGACCAUCGUGAUCGUCGUCAACAUCGCGCUGGCUAUCAGCGUGGACAUUUACGACCGCCUCGGCAAGGUCGGCGAUGUCGGCGGGAUCAUCGGCACGUCCGUUUCCGCCGUGUUCCUCUUCCUCGUCGCCGUCAUCAACUCGUACUUCCUUGUCGGCGCGGUGCGCGCCAGAAAGCGGGCGAAAGAGCUGGAGCGGCUCGGCCUGCCGCCCGACGAAGAUGUCACCGUGCAGGGGGGCGGAUGUCUUGUGCGCAUCAUCGGGCCUAUUCUCAAGGCUGUCGACAAGCCGUGGAAGCUGUACCCCGUGGGCAUCCUCUUCGGUUUCGGCUUCGACACAGCUUCCUCCAUCGCCCUUCUUGCUCUCAGUGCGAUUGCCACCCGCGGCCCCGACGGUGAGGCGAUUGCACACGGCAAGAUCGUCAUUCUCCCAUUCCUCUUCACGGCUGGCAUGUCGCUCGUCGACACCCUCGACAGCAUCCUCAUGCUGUACGCGUACGCGCAACCCGAGCUGCGAACGGAGGGCAAGCUCGCCCUCUUCGAGCGGGACAAGGAGGCGGAAGCCCUCCUCCCCGCUGUGGAGCGCACGUCCUCUACCAUCUCCGAGGGAAGCGACCCUACCAAGCCGCAGGCGAUCUACGGCUCCACGGCAGAAGGCACUGGUGUCGUCGUGAUCGUAGACGAGGCCGAGGCGCGCCGCCGCCGCAUGCUCGCGGCCAAGACGGCAACCAUGGGCAGCUUGAGUAUCAGCCUCACGCUCCUCUCGAUUGUCGUGGCCCUCAGCAUCUCGCUUAUCGAGAUCCUCGGGCUGAUCGGGGAGAAUUGUGCGCGGUGCACGGCGGCGGCUGAGGCCGAGGACGGGGGUGGCCUCGAGGGAUCGUGGUGGCGCGCAUGGGCGGCUGCCAACGACGCGAGCGGCUAUGUUGGUGCGGCGAUCGUCGGUGUCUUUGUCGUUAUUCUGCUCGUGUAUCACGGUGCGCGGUGGUGGUGGAAGAAGCGCGGCGGAGAGGGGCGCGCCCUCGUGCACGCAGGAGUGUAGCUCCUGUAGCCCCAUGCAUCGCGUUGGGCUACAAAUGUCGUGACAUGGUUGUGCAAAAGGGCCUCCGUCAAUGUUCCUCGAUUCAAAAGCACAGCCUUCGUGAUAAUGCACUCGUUGACCAC